GCUGACUUGUACUUUGACAUCGAAGAUUUUUUGCCGAGCUCCCCAGAACCUUCUCUCGUCUCCGACUAUUCGUCUUCAGACUGUAGUGACGACGAUGACUUGCCGAGCCCUGUCAUUGGCAAACGCGGCACUGAAGGCCGUGGCGAAGAGUGCUGCAAGCGGCAUAUGCGGAAGCGACCUCGGUAAGACAGGAUGCCCAUCUUAUGGCACUAUGCUCACGGCAGUCCCUAGAUCAUCGUACCGCUCACCGGAGGAUACACCGGACGUCUCUCCUACUUCUUGGCUUUGGGAUGAGCCCGACGAGCAUUGCGUGUCCCAAGACUCUGCUCCUCACGAAGCCAUCUCUACCGUCCGCACGAUCAGGCCCCUGCCGCCACGCAAGAAUUUUGUGACUUCCGAUGGCGUUAUCGCGCGGCCAUUGGCCCUGCAGCGUAAGCGUCGUCUAUCUGAUGCUGAAGUUCAACCCCUUCCAAAGCGACCUCGUGGCUGUGGCGCUGUGGCCAGAGGCCAGACCGUGUCAAAUCCUCUACCGAGAAGAGGCAACGAGCUGGAGGAGCAGACGCACAACAUCGAUGAUUGGUUCACGACAUUUGCCGUCGUCGAACCUGCCACAUUUGAACCACCGGAGCGCAGAGCGUCGAUGGUCAUCGAAGUAUUCACUGGUUUCCGCGGCUCUACUACAAGAGUGUAUAACAAGCCGGUGACCUCUCAAUCCGCGGCGGUCGAUUCUUCUUCAACCGAGUGCUCGCAACAGUCGGCCAUUUCUGCAAUCACCCCCCGUGCUUCUAUUAGCAUGGCCUGUGGUGCUGAUGGCGCUGUGUCCUCAACUUCGACGAAUGCGGUCGAUGUAGAACCGUCCCACACGCAAGAAGAGGCUAUCAGUGCCCAUCCCUCGCAGGAUCCAACGCCACUUUCUGCGACUCCGUCGACAACGUCGUUCUUGCUGGAUGGUCCUGUACCUCCAAAGCUGGAGAUGUGCGAUUCUCCAGUGACUGCGGCAGUCUCGCUCACGUCGGAUGUGUCGGACUUGGCUCGAUCCCUCUCAGGUAUCUCACAUGAGAUCGUACAUCGUCCCGACGAGCUUUCAAGCAACUCUGUCAUAUCCCAAUCUGUGGCCCCUGUGUCACGCGACCGAUCUCCUACCCCUCCUCCUUCGUUUGAGAGUGCGACGACCUCUCCUGCUUGUGAUCCUCCUGGCUAUUCUGUGCUUGAUCUAUUUCCACCAACGGGCUCUCUCACACCUCCACCACCAUACCGCCACUCACCUGAAAAAGAGCUUCCUUUGAUCCUGCCGAUCAAUGACAAGCCACUAGACGCGGGCGCCCUCCUUGCCGAGUUGCUCCCUCUCGUCCUCAGUGGGACGGUGCGCGAAUACCCAGAGGCAUCUCCACAGCAUGUACAGGUUCCAUGGGCGGGCCUUGCGAUUUCCGUUUGAGCCUUUGGCUCUUACCCGGACUGCGUAUCCUUAUACUAUGUAUCACUGGCUUCGGUAUACCCCUCUGUUUUCUCACUAGCAUAGCGUCCUGUAAUCACUGUGCUGCGCACUUGCAGCGUGAUACCACUAUUGGCGCUGUCUUGGGGAAAGAUGCAACUGUCCACCGUGCUCGUUUUGUCUGAAUGCGACUCAGAGUUUCGAACAAGACGGUCCAGC